UGUUUAUACAUGCGUGGUGUGGUGCGGUGCGUUCAUACUUGGACACGCUACAGGGCAGGCUUUUACGGGACGGGAUACCUAUGCAGUCUUUAUUCUCUGCAUACUGAACGCCGUGGUGUAUUGCGUAUGUAGGUACAGUUGUCCUCGUUGCAAAACAAUGUCAAGGAUUCUUAAAGUUUCAUCGAUAGUCAGAUCUGAAAUUUCGCAUUUUUAUUAAAAACGUGGCAAAAUGGGAAGUUAUGCGAGUAGAAUUGCGUCCAUGUCAAACAAUGCGGUGCAUUCCGUGUACCGUGGUCGUAAACGAAAGUGCAUCGAGGAAGAUGAUUUUGAUUCCGAAUCGGAUUACAUCGAUCGCACUCUUCAAACGCCGAAAAAAAGAAAAUUACUGACAACAGCACAAUACAUAUAUAAAACAUUAUUUCAAGAAGAAAAAGGCAGCGAUAUAACUGUACUCGUGUUAGGGAAAGCAUGGAGAUUACACAAAGUAUACAUCAGUCAGAGCCCAUAUUUCGCGAGUAUGUUUUCAGGGUCUUGGAGGGAAGCCAACGAAUCGGUCAUUAGCUUAGUAAUCGCGGAUGCUAAUAUCACAUUGGAUUCUCUUCUGACAGUGUUUGGUUCCUUUUACCAAGACGAAGUCAGUUUGGAACCAAAAGAUGUCAUAUCAAUUUUGGCCACUUCCACGUUAUUCCAGUUACAAGGACUGAUCGACCAAUGCACGGACAUAAUGGUGGAGACGACGAAUAUAAAAACGGUUGUUCCUUUCUAUAAUGCAGCUGUAUUGUACGGUGUACCAGUGGUGAAAGCUGCGGCCAAACGUUGGUUGGAAGUAAAUCUCUUGGGAUACGGAUGGUUACAUCCAACAUUUUUAAAAGAAAUCACACCCGAUCUAAUGGCAGAGUUAAUCGCUAGUCCCGAAUUGAUCGCCAUGCAAACAGAGUUUUGCAUAUAUAUGAGGCUACGAGUAUGGUUGUUUAUUCAUGUGCAUAAUACAGAAGAAACGCUUCAAAUCGACGAAUACUUUCGAAAUCACAAGUGGACGAAACCCUUCCUUACGACGGAAGAGGGGAAAAAAUUUGCAGCACCUUUUAAAGCAUUGAGAAUGAAAUAUCUUUUGUUACACGACCAAGAUGUUAAAGUUCUAUAUAGUGAUAAUUUAAUACCGCACGAAUGGUUGCAUAAUGCAUAUAAAGAACAAUGGUUACAUUUAUUAAGAAUAGAUGCGAAUAAGGAUCAAGGCUUGACAGGCCGAAUGAUCGCUCUGAAAAACCUACUUCUAUAUUUGUCGACCCACUCUAGACCAAAACAAAUGAGCGAGGAAGAAUUUUCCCGCGAAUGUUACCGUUGCGGAAGGUGCAUCGGAGAAGCUGGCGUACAUAUUUGGAGAUGGACAGCAUUUCAGUUUGGAUUAGAUUUGGUUGUGUACUUGGACAGUACCACUUUGCGGCUUAAAAGAAAUCAUAGGCUAGAUACGGACCACGUUAUAGCUAAUCAUAACAUGCGCAAUAUAAUUUUAAAAGUAAGUUUAAUUUCAUUGGAUGAACAACGUCAAGAAAAACAUAUUCAGAGUUCGGGUAUGCUCAAGUUAUCGCUUCACAAAAACCAGGAAAAACAACUGAUGACUUUGGAUAAAGAACUUACUUAUCCAUUGUAUAUAUCGGUAAAUAUGCAAGUGGUAACACCUUUGGUAUCCACGGAAGAGGAAAGUUCGGCCGAUAUAAUCAUAUACUCGGAUACUUAGCACUCUGAAUCUUCGCUAUUCCUUCAAUUUUCAAAACCAUUCAACCCCAAUAAUUGUACGCUUAUUUCAUAAUCCGGCUGUUUUUUUUAUUUCAUAACGAUUCAUUUACGAGUAAGUGUUACUUAAUAAUUAAUGCUUCUUGAUUGAAAAAGAAAGAAAAAAAAGAAAAGAAUAUUCGGAUCUACGUUUAGAUUUCGCGAGAUACCAAUUACUCGUUAAAACUUGCAGAAACUAAACAUUUUCUAGUCGACCGAUCAGAUUCGCGGCAUUAGUACGAAGCAACUCUUACUUGUUUUAGUAUAUGUAUACUUUUUAAUAGUACAUCCCAGAUACUUAUUUUCUGUUAACGUAAACUUAACAUUUAUAUAAAUAGAAUUACGUAAAAGCUAUUUAAAAAGUUCCAACUGACGGGGGUGAUGUGUAAUGUGCUAAAUGUUUUAAAACAAAAGUUACUUGAUUCGCGACAUAGAGGGGAAUUAAAUUCAAUCACGGGGUCGAGAGUAUUAAAAUUCUAAAACGUUAUAUUUUUCCUCCCAGAAAAAUUCAACUAGGAAAUAUCGUACGAUACGCCACAGUAUUAAAGCCAUUUGGUUUCACUGUUUGUGCAUUUAUACAUAUAUUUAUACCAUGAUGUUGAUACUGAUAACGAGUUGGAUUAAUCCAUCAAUUUCUCAUACUUGGCAUUUUCAUACGAAAGAAGGAUGAAUGAAAGAAAAACAAGUUGAUCCGCGCAAUUCGAAAUCGCUCGAUUCGCUAUCGAAAUGUUGGACCUUUGUGCCUUGUAAAUACCAAUCGAAAGAGAAUAUUCUGUAUAAUAAACGAGUGCAGGUACCGUUUCACCGUUCAAUGCCACCAACAAUUUAUAUACUUUUAGUUUUCGAAACAUUUACUGCACAACAUUUUCAACUAAACGACGCGUAACAAAAACGUACCUUCGAUUCUGUAACCAACUUACUCUAUGCGGUGCUAACUCAUUCUAUAAAUGUAACAUUUUACAUUUUUACUUACUAUCUAUCUAGGGAUAAUUAUAUACGAAAUUAUUCGGCUUAGGGAUUAAAAGAAUUUUCUACACUCGACUCGACAUGCGUUAUUAAUUUGAAAUUAAUAUCUCGAUGAAAAAAUAUAACGAGUUUUGUGUAGUAUCUUAGUGCAUUAUGAUUUAUUCCUUACCUUUGUCGUGCCUGGUAUUUCAUUUGCGGAGAUAAAAAUGAUUUCGUACAAAUUGAU